AUGUCAGGCACAUAUUCUAAGGCCGACGUGCAAUCGCACAACAAGGCCGACAACCUCUGGAUCAUUGUCGACGAGGAUGUCUAUGAUAUGACCAAGUUCCAGGAAGAGCACCCUGGUGGCAAGAAGAUCCUCCAAAGAGUAGCUGGAAAGGAUGCCAGCAAGCAGUUCUGGAAGUACCACAAUGAGGCCAUCCUGAAGAAGUACCAGAAGCAACUCCAGAUCGGCUCUCUCGACUCGAAGAAAAAGGCUGCACCACCUACCCCUCCUGCUACCCCUCCCCCAGCAGCCAAGAAGGAGAAGGAGAUUGUCAAGCCUGAAGCCGAGCCCGGUUUCGUGGCUCCUGAGCCCGGACGUGACGCCAGAGAGGCCGCCGAAGCUCUUGACCAAUUUGGUGACCUGAUCCCUGGUGGCGACCCCAACUGGUACCAAUCUUACCACUCGCCCUACUUCAACCAAUCCCACGCCGAUCUCCGCGCCGAAGUCCGAGAGUGGAUGGAAAAUGAAAUCAUACCAAACGUUACCGAAUGGGACGAGGCCAAGAAGGUUCCAGACUCAGUAUACAAGGCCAUGGGUGAACGCGGUUACCUCGCUGGUCUCCUGGGUGUUCACUACCCCACGCACGUCACCGACAAGCGUGUCAAGUCUGUCGCCCCAGAGAAGUGGGAUCUGUUCCACGAAAUGCUUCUUACCGACGAGAUCUCAAGAGCUGGCAGUGGUGGCUUCGUCUGGAAUCUGAUCGGUGGUUUCGGUAUCGGUGCUCCUCCCGUCCUCAAGCACGGAAAGAAAGAGCUCGUCGAAAGGAUCAUGCCUGGUAUCUUGAGCGGAGACAAGAGAAUCUGUUUGGCCAUCACCGAGCCUGAUGCUGGUUCUGAUGUCGCCAACGUCACUUGCGAGGCUAAGUUGAGCGACGAUGGCAAGCACUACAUCGUCAACGGCGAGAAGAAGUGGAUCACCAACGGUGUCUGGUCCGACUAUUUCACCACUGCUGUUCGCACUGGUGGCGAGGGCAUGAACGGUAUCAGUGUUCUUCUCAUCGAGCGCAGCUUUGGCGGCGUCUCAACCAGAAGAAUGGAUUGCCAAGGUGUCUGGUCGAGUGGUACAACAUAUGUCACCUUCGAGGACGUCAAGGUGCCAGUCGAGAACUUGAUUGGCAAGGAAAAUCAAGGUUUCAAGGUUAUCAUGACAAACUUCAACCACGAACGUAUUGGUAUCAUCAUCCAGUGCCUGCGCUUCUCGCGCGUCUGCUACGAGGAAUCGAUGAAGUACGCCCACAAGCGACGCACUUUCGGCAAGCAGCUUAUCGAGCACCCCGUCAUCCGUCUCAAGCUGGCCCACAUGUUCCGCCAGAUCGAAGCAUCGUACUCGUGGAUGGAAAACCUUAUCUACCAAUGCCAGCAGAUGAACGAAGUGGAGGCCAUGCUGAAACUCGGAGGUGCCAUUGCCGGUCUCAAGGCUCAAGCAACCACCACUUUCGAGUUCUGCGCUCGCGAGGCCAGUCAGAUCUUUGGUGGUCUCAGUUACAGCCGUGGUGGUCAGGGCGCAAAGGUCGAACGCCUCUACAGAGAUGUCAGAGCAUACGCCAUCCCCGGUGGCAGUGAGGAGAUUAUGUUGGAUCUGAGCAUCCGCCAGUCCCUGAGGGUGCACAAGGCUUUGGGCAUGAAGCUGUAA